UGUGACUUUACUAAAUCGUAUGUAACCUAAUUGGAGUCAGAAAAUAAAAGUGUAUUAAUUAGUAUUCGGUUUAUUUACUUAUCUCUGAACACGACACCCCACCAUCUAAAUUGGUGACCCCGUGUGGAGAAAGUGUGAACUGUAACCAGUGAAUUUGGACUUGUAAUUCAGUGAAUCGGACGACCGGGGCAACUCACACAAGUGUACGUAGUGUCGGCUUAAUAUUAGUGCGCGUCAAAUUAAGAAAUUAUAAUGUCGUCUGAAGACAAGAAGGUCGUUAUUGAAGAACAUCAACUGUCGUCCAUCUCCAUCACAGCUAGAAUUCCGGAAUUUUGGAAGAAGUCGCCUAGAACAUGGUUUAUCCAAGCAGAAGCAGUUCUAAAUCCUCAGAAGAUGUCCGACGAAUCAAAGUACCAGGUCCUUAUUUCAAAAUUACCCCCAGACGCAGUUGAGCAAGUUACACAGAUCCUUGUGGAUCCCCCUGAGAAAAAUAAAUAUGAGACCUUGAAGAAUAAGUUGAUAUUUAUAUAUCAAGAAUCCGAAGAGCGGCAAGUAAAAAAACUCAUUGGCGAAAUGGAAUUAGGCGACCAGAAACCAUCACAAUUACUAAGAAAAAUGCAAGACCUAGCCAGGGGACGAGUAAAUAACGAAACACUCAUAGUUAUGUGGCAGAAUCAUUUACCAAAUUCGGUGCGAGGAGUUUUAGCUGUAACGGAAGAAAAAGAUUUAGAGAAAUUAGCAUCAAUAGCGGAUAAAAUAAUGGAAACGACGACUCCCAUACACAGUGUUGCGACUGUCAAACAGGAACCAGGCCCAUCCGGUUCUCAGGACCAAAUUAUUUCGGCAAUAAACAAAUUGAGUGAUAGAUUACAAAAUUUAGAGUCAAGAUCACGAGGCCGUUCAAAUAACUGGCGAAGGAAUAACUUUAGACGCAACAGAUCCAGGGCAGGGUCAAGAAGUCGCACAAGGAAAUUCGAAGAUCCAAAUUGGCUAUGUUUUUACCAUUAUAAGUAUCGCAGCAAGGCAACUAAAUGCGUGGAUCCAUGUAACUGGAAGAAAAAACACGACAAGGACAAGCCAGCGGAAAACUAGAGUCGGUGCAGUCUGCGACGGGAGGCUGUGACCGUGCCUUCGGGAAUCACCGUCUGUGUGUCAGAGACAGGAAAUCGGGCUUAAACUUCUUAGUGGAUAGUGGUGCAAACGUGUCAGUGUUACCGCGGAAAGUAGCCUACAUGAAAGGUAAUUCAAGUGAGUGUUGUUAUAAACUCUUUGCCGCAAAUGGAACUCAGAUUAACACGUAUGGUACAUUGUACUUAGAAUUAGAUUUAAAUCUAAGACGAGCAUUCCGUUGGUUAUUUACAUUAGCGGACGUACAGCAACCAAUAUUAGGUGCUGACUUCUUAGCUAAUUUUCAGUUGUUAAUUGACUUGAACGGACGAAGGUUAAUCGAUCAAGUAACUAAUUUAAGCACCAAAGGCAAUCUUUCUAAUUCUAGUGAGCCCACUUUGAAAACUAUCGUAAAUAAUUGCCCUUAUUAUGAUUUAUUAUGUGAAUUUCCAGAAUUAACUAAACCAGUUUCGUACAAAGAAACGCCUAAACAUAAUGUUUGUCAUCACAUUGAGACCACAGGACCUCCAGUGCACGCACGAGCCAGGCAGUUACCACCAGACAGGUACGUAAAAGCUAAAAAUGAGUUUAAGAUUAUGCAAGAGCUUGGGAUUUGUAGGCCGAGUAAAAGCGCUUGGGCAAGUCCCUUGCAUGUUGUUCCUAAGAAGGACGGGAAUAUUAGACCUUGUGGAGAUUAUAGACGUUUAAAUGCGAUUACCAAGCCUGAUCGAUAUCCAGUUCCCCGUCUUCAUGAUUUUACGUAUAUGUUAGAUAAUAAAAAGGUUUUCUCAAAGCUAGAUAUAAAUAGAGCCUAUUAUUGUGUGCCAGUUUCGGAAAAUGACAUUGAGAAAACUGCCGUCAUAACACCGUUUGGUUUAUUCGAAUUCGUGCGUAUGCCAUUUGGAUUAAGAAAUGCUGCACAAACUUUUCAACGUUUUAUGCAUCAUACUGUUUUACAAGACUUAGAUUUUCUUUUCAAUUACGUAGAUGACGUCAUCAUUGCAUCGGAAAAUGAAGAGCAGCAUAGAGAACAUUUACGAAAAGUUUUUGAACGUUUUAAUGAAUUUGGUAUAACGAUUAAUUUUUCAAAGUGUAGUUUUGGUAAAGAUAAAUUAGAGUUUUUGGGUUUUGAGGUCUCUACAGAAGGAAUCAAACCAUUAGAAGAUAAAGUUAAAGCGAUUAUUGAUUUUCCAAAGCCGGAUACUGUAGAGGAACUUAGAAGAUUUUUAGGCAUGUUAAAUUUUUAUAGAGCUCAUAUACCUCAUUCAGCUGAUCAUCAGGCAGCGUUAAAUAAAUAUUUAGGGAAUUCAAGGCGUAAGGAUAAAAGUAAAAUCAAUUGGACACCUGAAGCUACGAAAAAUUUUGAAAAAUGUAAAGAUGAUCUUAAAAAUGCUACCUUAUUGUAUUUCCCAUCGGCACAUACACCUUUGUCAUUGAUGACGGACGCAUCAGACACAAGUGUAGGUGCAGUAUUGCAACAAAAAGUUGAUGGCAAUUGGAAACCUUUAGGAUAUUUUUCGAAAAAAUUAACUGAAGCACAAAAGAAAUAUAGUACAUAUGAUAGAGAACUUUUAGCAAUUUAUUUAGCAAUCAUACAUUUUCGUAAUUUAGUUGAAGGACAAGAAUUAAUAAUUUUUACAGA